AUGGAUGGUGGCAGUAAAAGAAAGAUUUGUCCUACUGAUGAGACAUCUACUGUAAAAAGGUCUAAGCAUACAAAGCUAUUCCCCAUCCCUGUACUACCGUUUGCGCCUGUAAGACAAGAUGAGAGACAGCAUUACUUGAAACUGCUGUACGAGCAGUAUAAAAAAGUUCUAGAUGAAUCUGAUACUUCUGCUAUUGAUUUAUCUGUUGAAAAGGAAUACCAACUAUGCAAGAUCGCAAAAACACGAAUGGAAUAUAUGAAUUGUGUGAAAAAGUUGAUGUUCAACUUGAAAAAGUAUGGAUUAGAGGACGGCAAUCAGGCAGCUGCCAAACCGAAAUUUGGGGGCUCAUCGGGCGAUAUUUAUGCACGGCUAACUAAAUUAUGCAUAUCCAAACAAAAUCUUGUUGAACAUGGUUUCGUCAUGGACUUGCCAGAAGUGGUGAGGGUCGAAGAUGUCGACGAUAUCGUUGAAUGUGAACACUGUCAUAAUAAAUUUUCGAGGCGUGACCAGUACGAAGCAAAGGGUCAGAAAAAUACUUGCCGUUUUCAUCCCGGAAAAAUGUUGUUGGUAAGCAAUUCAAAUCUCCGUGGUGGUGGAAGAAGAGUUGGUAAUCGAGAAUACUCUAGUAGGUAUCACACUUGUUGCCACGAGUUGAAAGGUCAGAGUGAAGGAUGUCGUAAGCUAUCAAGUCAUGUUUUCAAGCCAAAGGAGCCGAGUACUCUUCAUUGGUUUAAGCCUUUUCAAACUAUUGGUGCUUUAAGGAAGAGUUUAGAUAUUCGAGACAAUGAAAAGCUGCAAAUCGAGAGGAAGAAGAAGAUCAAAGCCAUUGGAAUUGACUGUGAGAUGUGUUUCUCGAAUAGAGGUUUCGAGUUGACCAAGGUUAGUGCUGUGGAUUUUCGUACUAUGAAGCCUAUCCUCAAUAACUUGGUUAUUCCUGAUGGAGAUCAGGUGAUUGACCUAAAUUCAGAUGUCUCCGGUGUUUAUUCUGUACCUAAAGAAGGAGAUCCUGGUACUUUAACUUUCGACGAAGUGAUGGUGAAAAUGGCCCAAUUGACUGAUAAAGAUACAAUUAUCGUUGGCCAUGGGCUUGAAAAUGAUUUGAAUGUACUGAGAUUAAUAUACGACAAGAUUGUUGACACUGCAGUUCUUUUCAGUGAAAAUCAGAUUGAUCCUAUGAGAAAAGAUCCCUUGAAGAAAUUAGCAUGGAAAUAUCUUAGUAAGAAUAUUCAGUUAAAUGAGCAUGAUCCUCUUGAAGAUGCCGAAAUUCCUGUGGAAAUCGUGAAAAAGGUACUUUCAUCAAAGAAAUACAUACAGCUGAUAUAA